ACCAUUCAACACACUCGUUUCGUUCCCUUUCCAUUCCCUUUCUCUCACCCUUUUUAUCUGUCCUCGUUUGUGGCGGCUCUCCUCCUAUAUAUUAUUUUCUCUCCUCUUCUUUUAUAUUUAGUUUUACUUGUAAUAAUAAUAGUAAGUAAAUAAUAAUCUCCGUUGUGUGCAAGGAUUCUUGGAGGAUCGCUUCUCCUUUUAUUUAUUAUCAUUACUACUCGCGCGAUCCCACUAUCAGUACAGCUGCUGCUGCUGCUGCAAAUUGAUUUAUCGAUCUGCAUCCAAUUCUUUAAUUGAUAAUAAUAAAGGAGAAGAACCGCCAUGGUUGCAGCCACCCAACCACAGCAGCACCCAUCUACAGCUGCUGCUUCGACAACAACCGCAAACGCAACAUCCGUUGAAGAUGAAGCCCUGAAAAGGAAUACUGAUUGCGUUUACUUUCUUGCUUCUCCUUUAACCUGCAAAAAGGGAAGUGAGUGUGAAUAUCGCCACAGUGAAUAUGCCAGGGUUAAUCCCAGGGAUUGCUAUUAUUGGUUGAAUGGUAAUUGCUUGAAUCCCAAGUGUGGGUUUCGUCAUCCUCCCCUGGAUGGCUUGUUUGGAACCCAAGCAAUAGCCUCUGCUGGAUCUUCCUUGCCACCAUCGCAUACUGCUGUGGCAUCUGCCACACAUGCUCCUCACAAUCCAGGCAAACAGGCAGUCCCCUGCAUUUUCUUCCAGCAGGGAAUAUGUGUAAAAGGUGACAAAUGUGCUUUCUCCCAUGGACCAAAUCUUGCUGGUAAUAAAGUUUCUCAACCAAUGGCACCUACCCCGGGGGCUGAGGCCCUUCCUCCAAAAAAGGCUUUUGGCGGCCUUCAAAAGUGUGCUCAAGAACAUAAAAUUCCACAAACAAAAAUCUCAAAGGCUGUUGAAGCACCCUCUGUUGCUAAACCUGUGUCAAAAGCUGAAAUUGUUCAUGCAAGAAACAUUGCCGGUGUUGUAAGGAGUGCAGUGCCACCUACAAGCAUGGAUGGUGAAAUUCCUAGGUAUAAAGCAGCAAAUCUUCCUCUCAUGGUCAAUGGAAAUUUAAGUCGUUCCAGUCGUUUGCAUCAGUUACAGGUAGCAGAUGAUCAUGUUAUCCAGAAUGGCAAGGAUGCUGAUGAGUAUUUGAGGGAGUCCUCUCCUGGUUUUGAUGUUCUUGUGGACAAUGAGUUGAGGGAUUCAGAUUAUUACCACGGUGAAGAGCAGCUUGGAAGAACAACAGGAAAUGAAGGGAGGAACUUGAACUCUGUUGAUGAAUAUGACAUGGGCCAUUCUGCUGAUUAUGGUUUAUUACAUGAUGACCAAGAAAUGUAUCGUGAUCCACGAGCCUAUGAUUCCUAUGAACUCACGCCAGGGCAGCAUGCUUGGGAGCAGCACAGGGCUUCAUCAGAAAGAAUGUUAAUGGCACCAGUUCUCCCAGAAAGGCGAGGUUACAUGAAAGCUGAUAGCCCUGAGCACACUGAGGAAUCAGAUUUGCGUUAUCGUUUAUCAAAACAAAGGAGGGUUAAUGGCUUGAGAUCAGUUGUUAGUAAUGAUUUUGUCCCAGGGAACCAUGUUGAGGAGCGAGGUUACCGGGGUUCUUCACGAAGAGACUCUCAUCACUUGCCUUCACAUGAGAGCUCCAUUAGCAGUCGUCUUCGUGGUAGAAUCAAGCUUCCAGGAAGAUCUCCAAACAAUGGUGGUGAUGUGCGUGCAGAAAGGGAAAUUGACAGGGGCAGGAAUCGGGGAAGAUUGUCACCGGUGAGGUCCCCGGUCACCUCCCAACAAGGGAGGCUACGGGACAGAAUGAAAGCUAGGGUGGAAGAGGAUUACAAUGAGGGGAGAAUUUUCAGAGGUCCUCAAGUGAGAGGAGAAUUAAUGGAUGAUAGAAGUACUGAUUUUGCUGGUCCUAAAAGUCUUGCAGAGCUGAAAGGUGGGAAAAAUGCUGAGGGUAAGUUGCAGCAAUCCCUUGGAAAGCGCAAGCACUCGGAAGAUAAUCCAUCAUCUGAUGCUGUUCUCUCAUUUGAAGGGCCAAUGCCUCUUAGUGAGAUUCUCAAGAGAAAGAGAGAGGGUGGAGCUGCAGCUUCUGGCAGUGGAAUAUCAUCUGCUAUUAAGGAGGACAACAAUCUGAAGGAAAGCAGGCAAAGCCUCAUCAGCAAUUCCAAUAAAAAGGAAGAUGCAGAGAUGCAAAUUGGCAUUUCCUCUGUAUCGAAGGAUGAUAACAGUAGCCAAAUGCUAAAAAAUAAAGAAGAAUCCAAGCUUGCAACUGAUGGUGGCAUUGGAACAGAAGAAAAUAUUGAAAUUGCUCACGGUCAGUCUUCUCAACUUCCAAAUCCAAGUGAGAUUGAGACUGAAGAUGGGAUGAUUGCUGAUGAUGGAAUGGAAGAUCAUGAGUACGAAGGUGAUGAUCAGAGGGAUGAAAAUUAUGAAUAUGAGCAGGUUGAUGAAGGAGAAUACAAUUACGAAGAGGGUGAAAAUAUAGAUGGUGAAGAGGAAUAUGAAGAUGAAGAAGAUGGAGAAGACUUUGCCAAGAAAAUUGGUGUAGUGAUCUCAUGAAGGAUGAUAGAUAGUUAAGGAGCACUAAUUGUGUUUUUUUGACGACCUUGCAAGAUCAUUUACAUCAGUAGUGGAUUCUUCAUGAGCAAGGGGUAGUUGCUAUGGAUUUAUUUUUCCCUGUAGAAGUAAAAGUAGAGAUAUCAAGUUCGUUUCUUGUAUUAAUUGAAAGAAACUCUUUUUAUUGUAUCUAAAACUGAUUGAAUGAGAAUUUUGCUUGUGCUUCGGGCA